UGUUGUACCAAGAGUUAAAAAAAAUAACAUCGCCACAUUUCUAUAAAAAUAAAAGUAAGAAUAGAAGAAGAAAAAACAAAAUCAGAGAGAGGAGAGAAAAGCAAUUCUCCCUCUGGUUUCUCCCCCACAACCGCCUUAACCCUAGAUCCGCAAAGCCUCUUCUCCUCCGGUGACUGGGGGUUCCUCUACCUCCGGUCACCCCACCGUUCGUCUGCUGUCCCACCGGCCUUCCCCCUUAGUUUCUCCUUCUCUACCCUCUCCUUCUUGCUCAGUUCUCUGGAUUUUCGAGUUUCAUCGGAUCUAAUCAAAGACACAUGUGUGUGUUGUCUCUCUGGAGAACCGACAAGGUGAGGGUUCGCUGGUGAGCCUAAGGAGCCUUCGAUUCAGCUUCUCCCUGUCAUACGGACAGAUCUGGGUCAGAUCUGAUCUUGCCUCUGCCGGUGAGGAUGGUGGUGCGUCGCUGCCUCUUCCUACCUCUCUCGUCUAUGGCUUGUACCUGUGUAUCUCUGGGUUUCAGCUUGUAUCAAGGUCCCAGUGAAUUUCUCCUCUCCGUCUAGGAGAAACGGUGGUGUCUAGGCCCAUCGCUCAAGGGACCUCUGUUCUAGUUCAAUCGAUAACUGCCAUGGUGUUCAGCAGCAGCGAUUUGGUGGCUCGUCUCCUCACUUUCGGACAUUGGUGAUUAGGGUUUUGAGGACGACCCAACGUGCCACGUCUACCGCUGAGAAACAGAGCCGUCGAGUCCUGUAGUUGUGCCUGCUUAUUGAGGUGACUCAUGUCUCCUCUUGUGCUUCAAUCCUUUCUCUAAACUCAGACGAAACUUCUUUGAAUCCCCUUGAUGUCGCCAUCGUCUGUUUGUGUCGCGUGGCCGGAUGAGGAGCCAAAAACCGCAUGCGCUUGACAUGAUUAUGUUCUUCAUUUCAUCGGGUCUUUGUCAGGGAUUCUCUGUUUGCCUUCUGUUGAGAUAGUUUGUGUAUGGUUACUUGACGUCCUCCUACUUUGGUGUACCGGAACCGUUGCUUGCCGCCUCCGUCGAAGCCGUUGGGAGCCACUUUCGGGUGAGGGUUCGAGCUACUGGUAUGAACUAUACUCUUGAUUUGCUAGUUACACUACGGAUCGAGAAGUGUUUAGUGUGGGAAGUAAGUAUGUAGUUUUGUCAAUAUCUAAAAGAACAAAAGAAAAGAAAAGAUUAUAAGAAGAUUAUAAGGGUUACUUUGGUGAAGAAGCACGAGGCGGUGGCCGCCGAAAAAGAAGCAGAGAUUGGGGUCACUUUGAAUCUAGCCUUGAUUUUGUUAUUUAAUGAGUUAAGUAUUCUCUUGAGAAAGAUUAAAGGUUACAAAUACAGUGAGAUGAUGGGUGUAGUGGGAAAAUAAUAGGAGUUUUAUAUUAAAAAAUAAUAUAUAGAAAUUAGUUAAUACACGAGACUGUUUUUCUUUUUAAUUUUUCUUUUGCAUUUUGGAAAUUUUUUAAAUUGUAAAUAAAGUGUCAUGUGUCAGAAAUUUGUUGGUGAUGUAACAUGUGUUCUAGUAUAUAAAAGAUUUAUAACCUCAUUUACAUAUAUUAUUUCUCCUCCAUACUAUAAUCUUCAUUAAGAAUAUGAAAUAGUUUAUAUAUUGAAAAUGUGGAUAAACAUUGUAGUAUUCUAUAGACCAUUUUUACUACACACAUUAACAUUCAUUAGUAUACAACUAUUGUAUUACAUAAAUGUAGUUUUGUAACUUGCUUAAAUAUUCAAGAAAGGUUUACUGUUUCAUUUAUGUUUAUCAAAAUUUAUAAAUUUAUAUCUUUAAAGCAUAAAAUCAUAACUAUAAACCCUAAAACAUAACCCUAAACGCUAUAUUUAAUUUACAAAAUUCACAUUCACCUUCAGUAAGCGUAUUUUUUUCACCUAUCCAAAACGAUAUGAACUAUAUUUAUUAUAUUAUUUUUUGACUAACGAUUUUAGAACUUAUCACCCUAACUAACUAAAUUUUAUUUUAUUUAGUAUUUCCCCAUUUCAGUUAUUCUUUUAGAUAUAUAUAUAUAUAUAUAUAUAUAUGUUUCAUUUAUAAACGAUUUGCAUAAUUUAUGAGGAUAUCCCUAAGAAGAAAAUCUUUAAUGGAUUAAUUUUAUUGAGUCAAGGAUUUGAUGUUUUAAUUUUGAAAAGUAUAAAAAAGAAUCACUAAAAUAUCUACUUACAAAAAGUUAUAUUUUUACCAUUACAUUUAUUUAACUUCCUACUAAUUUUUCUACAACUAACUUAGUCAUUAUUAAAUAAAUAAAUAUAUAUAUAUAUAUAUAUAUAUAUACACUAGCCUAACACAUUAUUUAAAUAUUUUCAAAACUAAAAUCUAAAAAGAUAUUCUUAAGUAUCUUUUUCUAAGAUCACAUUUUAAUAAUAUAUUUUUAAUAAUAAAAUUUGUAAUUAAUAUUAACUAUUAUUAUAAAUGAAUAUUAGUUCAUUUUUUAUUUAUAGAAUAAGAAAUAACAUUUCUAUAAAAUUUAUAUAUACAUAACUCAUAUUCAUAAUUAAAUUACUACACGAAUUAAUAAAUAUAUAAUAAAUUAAUCCAUUUAUUAAUUGGUUUAUAAAGUAUAAAAUUAAAUAAUUACAUGUACAGAAUAUAUGUUCAUAAAUUUUAGAACAUACUUUAAUAUUAAAAUAAACGAUUUAAAAUAGUAAAUAAUUAUCAAUUUGCUUAGAUAUUAUGGUAUAUUUGGAAAUGUGGAAAUAAUAAAGUGUUCAGUAACCUGGAUAUCGACCCAAGGGAAACCCUCAGAUUAGCAGAAUUGGAAUCUACACUUUGGGCUGAGGCACAGGUGAACAACGACCAAAAGCGAGAAUUACAGGUACAGACCAGACCCACAUUGGUAACUUCAGGACACUGGUGUUUUAUAGAUGGUUCAUAGAAAGAUAAUGAUCUAUUUUCAGGACAGAGCUGGUAUAGUACCCUACCGGGUUUCGAUGGCUUAUUAGGGGCACGGAAUGUAAGGGCAUGUCUUUCACCACUCCAUUCGGAGGUGGAGGCGCUGAUCUGGGCAAUAGAAUGUUUGAGGAAUUUAAGACAGUUUCAGGUGAUGUUUGCAACAGAUUGUUCUCAACUGGUGAAGAUGGUUUCGGAACCAGAAGAAUGGCCAGCAUUUGAAAGUUAUCUGAAAGAUAUCAAGGUCCUACAAAGAAGUUUCUACAACUCAUCGUUCAUGUACCUCGGACGGAGAAUAUAAGGGCGGAUAGUUUAGCAUGCAGUGCUAGGAAACAAUCGUCUUCCGUCGUUCGCAUGGAUGCGCAGUUACCGGUUUGGUUUACAGAGUCAAGUUGAGUCUGUGAAUGUCUUGUUGUUAAAAAAAAAAUAGUAAAUAAUUAUUUAAUAUAAAUAUGUGAGUUCUAAUAUUAAAAUAUACUUUACUAUAAGGAUUUGAUAAAAAUAAAAUACUGAAUUUAGUUGAUACUAAUAUUAUUUAGUUGUAUGGUACAUAGUUGUAUUAGACCUUGAGGUUGAGGUGUUGGUGUUCUUGUUUUUCCACUGACUUAUUUUGGAGGGAGAGUUUUAUGAGUUUUACGUGAAACAAACAGUUUUCGUUUUUUUUUUGUCACGGUGGAGAUCAGGUGGAAAAGAAAAGAAGUGGAGAUCAUGGCAGAGUAGAGACAGUGGAAGAACGGUUUGGCUAAAAAAAACUUUUCAAUAAUUAUUUUUUUGUUUUUGAAAUGACAGACACGAAUCAACAUUUUUUGAAAAGAACACAAAAAAUAAAUCUUUUAUAUGACACGUGUCGCUCAAAAGAUUGUCAAUUGACUUCUGAUUUAUAAUAUAAAAUAAAAGAUGAUAAUUAUAAAAAUAGGGUUUAGUUAUAGGCUAACACUAAAUUUGUUGUUGUAUUAUUCUUUAGUUUGUUACGUUAAUCCACUUUUUGGAAAAUAAGUUAGUAACGUAUAAAAAAUUAAAUAAUAACACACAACAAAAACUUACCUAGAAAGUUCGUUUCAAAUUUGUUUAUUUCAGUUUAGUACUAUCAUAUCGUAACGGCAUUAAUGGACUUGUUUUUGUGAACUUAAAUAAAAUGUUAAAUAUUUUUUUCUCUUUAUCGAAUUUUCUGUUAAACAUUAUCGUAAUAGCUUUACCAUUAAAAGAGGGUUUAGAGUUCGUGUUCUGGGGUUUAGAACUUUAGAUUCAUCCUUUAGGGAAUAGAAGAACAUUUCGUGUGAGUCGAAUGUAAUGUCCUUUCUGAUUUAAGCUUAGCAACUUUUGACAACUAAAAGCGUUAGUUCUUUUUUGAAACACUUUUUUUUUUUUUGAAACACUGCUAAAAGCGUUAGUUCAUAUCGUGCUUUACUUAGAACAAUGCAGCAACUGUAUAUAAAAAGAGAGAGAAUAAAGGGAUAUCAGCGUGAGAUAACAAAAUAUUUCAUACAUAGGAUCAUCUUUAACAGAAUAGAUAUAUCUAACCUAAAAAUAUUAAAAUAAUAUAUUAAAAUCCUUUUCUCUAUAUAAACCCAUAUAGUCGGGCAUCCAUUUCUCACAAAAAAAAACCAUGAAAUGCUCCAUCGUCCUAGUGGAAGCAGCUAUCCUCUGCCUCGUCGCUUUUCCGACCACAACCGUCGGCAAGAACCUGAGAUUCGGGCUAAAGCCUACCCAAGGAUGGCCACAUCCGUCGGAAGCCUCAACAAACCAGAUGUUUAUGAGCACUUCCCAUAAGUUUAACUAUGGGGACUCUAAAGUUUGGAGAUGUACUCAUAGCAACGGAUCUGCUCCUGCCAUUUCCAUUUCCAUUUCUCCGUCAACUCCAACAACGCCGUCACCGUCAACACCAACUACUCCGUCUCCUUCGCCACCCACUCCCAAAACGUCUCCGCCGCCACCUACACCAUCUCCUCCACCUCCAACUCCCAAUAAAGCUCCAUCCCCACCGCCACCUACACCAUCUCCUCCUCCUUCGACUCCAACGAAAGUUCCAUCUCCGCUGCCACCUACACCGUCUCCUACACCUCCAACUCCAACGAAAGCUCCAUCUCCACCGUUACCUAAACCAUCUCCUCAUCCUCCUCCGACUCCAACGAAAGCUCCAUCUCCGCCGCCACCUACACCAUCUCUUCCUCCUCCGACUCCAACCAAAGUUCCAUCUCCACCGCCACCUACACUAUCUCCUCCUCCGACUCCAACGAAAGCUUCAUCUCCACCACUGCCAAAACCAUCUCUUCCUCCUCCAACUCCCAAGAAAACUCCAUUUCCACCGCCGCCAACACCAUCUCUUCCACCUCCAACUCCCAAGAAGUCUCCGUCUCCUUCGCCUCCAAGUGAUGAUGAGUCAUCAUCUCCUAGCCAGCCAUCAAACCCACCUCAUCAUCAUCAUCAUGAGUAUCCAUUGGAACACAUUGGAAGAUGUUAUAGAAACAUGGGACAAGUUGGGUUUUGUCGGGGGCAGAUGGCGAUCAGUUUCUACACGAGGUUGUUUAAAGUCAGUAAGUAUUGUUGCAACCUUAUCGUCAACAUGAAAAAUGAAUGCGACGACGUCAUUUGGGGAUACUUCUACGAUCCUCACUUUGUUCCUCUUGUUCGUUGCACUUGUCACGUCUCCUUCUAGCUAGUUCUUCGCUUCUUUUCUUAGUUAGGGAUUUUUAUUUAAUGGUUCUUUACUUCUUUGAUUCCGUUUAAUCAUUCAAUAUUGUUGUCGUCUAUAUCUUAUGGACGCCUCUUUUGUUACAACGUUUUAAUUAAUGAAUUACAUGGCUUUCUUUUA